UUCUUUCACCACCUUGUACCGUCACGGUGCAUGCAUAGCGGGACCCAGUCAGCGUAUUGGCAGUGGACUCACUUGAUUCCAGAUCUGAUAUAUGUGUGCGUGCCGCAACAAGAGGUCAUUUGAACGCGGGUGGUGGAGAAACACACACACAGCGCACGCUUGUUGGAACCCGCGUCCAUAGCCUAUAUUCGCUCUUUCCUAUCCGUGACAGAGGCUGCAAAAAAAAAAAUGACGAUCAAGAAAAGUAAAACCGUCGUUUUUGAAAGACGUGCAGGGGAUUUAACUGCGUUGUAUUGUAUGAAUGAUUGGAUGAUUGCAGUGGUGUUGGCUAUUAUUGCCAUGAUGUCUGUAUGGGCUGCACUCAUCAUAUACAGAUAUAUACAGACAGAGAGAGGUAAAAGAAGAAGGAAGGUUGAUGACGACACUAUUUUGGAAACUGAAAAGGACGAAAAUGAGACGAGAAACGAAGAAAAAAUAAUAUCCUGUGUCGAGUCAACAGAGGAGGGUGAAGAAGUCGCGCCAGAGACACUGGAGAGCUGGGAUGGAGAGGAAUGGAAGAGAGAGCCAAUGGAAUGGAUUCCAACAACCAGUGAGAAUGUAGAACCCUUUGAGGAGAUCCCAACAUUAACCAAUGAGGAUGUAGAACCCAUUGAGGGGAUCUCAGCAACAACCAAUGAGGGUGUAAAACCCAUUGAGGCGAUCCCAACAACCAAUGAGGGUGUAGAACCCAUUGAGGGAAUCCCGACAACCAAUGAGGGUGUAGAACCCAUUGAGGGGAUCCCAACAAUAACCAAUGAGGGUGUAAAACCCAUUGAGGGGAUCUCAGCAACAACCAAUGAGGGUGUAGAACCCAUUGAGGGGAUCCCGACAAUAACCAAUGAGGGUGUAGAACCCAUUACGAGGAUCCGAACAACAACCAAUGAAGAUUUAGAACCCAUUAAACAGAUCCGAGCACGGACCAAUGAGGAUCUACAACCCAUUAGACGGAUCCGAACAGCAACCAAUGAGGAUCUACAACCCAUUAGACGGAUCCGAACAGCAACCAAUGAGGAUCUACAACCCAUUAGACGGAUCCGAACAACAACCAAUGAGAGCGAUGGUCCUUACACGUGGGAGUCAUAUGCUGAGUGGCAGAUCGUUGAGGAGUUUCAUCUCGGCUCUCAGCCUCAAGAGCACUGUGAAGGCACAUGUCAGCACUAUGACGGCUUAUGUCAGGUCUGUGGAGGCUUGUGUCAUUGCAGUGAAUGCUUAUGUCAGUUCUACGAAGGCUUAUGUCAGGACGUCGCCGAGUCCCAGACUGAGUCCCAGACAAGUCCCAGACAAGAGGAGCAGGCUUCUACCAGUCACUAUUCCCUCAGUGACAUAAACUAUCAAUCUGGACAUGAGAAGGAUACCGACGUGUAUAACCAGGACGAGGAGGGUUUGAAGGAAGUUGAACUGAGUGACGAUUGUCAAUGUGAGAGCACAGAGUCGGAGUCCGAGGUAAACCAUCCACAUGCCUUUGCCAUCAAGCUUCAGAGAGAUCUGGAAGAGCUCCAUGAAAAUCUCCCUGACAUGAUAUUGACUGACUCUGACCUUACAGAACCUGACCAUGUGUGUUAUGCAGAGAUACAGGAAGUACAAUACCCAGAUGAUGACAUGACCAGCCAUGUUGCCACUGAGAUGAUAUUGAGUGACACUGACCCUACAGAACCCCUGCCUAAACAUCUGUGUGAUACGGAUAAAGAGGAAGUUGAAUGUCCAGAAGAUUAUAUGAACAUCCACGUUAACAUCACGCCUCAAGAAAAGAGACCUGACAUGAUAUUGACCAACACUGACCUUACAGAACCUCGGCCUGAGCAUGUGUGUGAUACAGAGAUACAGGAAGUAGAAUACCCCGAUGAUGACAUGACCAGCCAUGUUGUCUUUUCCAACGAGCCUCAGGAAGAGAGGCCGGAGAUGACAUUGACUGACACUGAACAUGUGUCGGAUAAAAAGAGAGAGGAAGUAGAAUAUCCGGAGGAUGAUAGACACAGCCAUGUUGCUUUUCACAAAGUCCAGGAAAGUGAAAAUCUCCCUGAGAUGAGAUUGACUGACACUGACCGGAUAGAACCGGAACAUGUGUAUGAGGUGGAGAGAGAGGAAGUGGGAGUAGAAUAUCCAGAUGAGGUAAUCACUGAAGGUCCAGAACAUCCCAGUGAAAACAUCACUGAGAUAUUGAUUGACACUGACCUCCAACAACCUGGCAAUUUAUGUGAGGAAGAAAUACAGGAAGUAGAAUGUACAAGUCAUUAUAUGGACAGCCAGGUUGCCUUUGUCAGGGAUACUCAGGAACCAGAACAUCCCAAUGAAUAUCUACCUGACAUGAUAUUGACUGACACUAAGACUGAAGAACUUGACCAUGUGUGUGAUACAGAGAUACAGGAAGAGGGGACAGUGGAAGGACAGUGGAAGAGGACAGUGGAAGAUGAUAUGAAAGAAGCUAUGGUAGAGGAUCUUGACAUGGAAGCUAUGGUAGAGGAUCUUUGGAGGAAGGACUGUCUACUUCAUGACUAUGUCAUUGACGGGUUGAGCCAGCCACCCGAUGUUAGAGACACCCAUGUGGCUGAGAGGAAAGGAGACAUCGUUGAUAAUAAAAGCAAGGACACACGUGUAGAGGAGGAGAAGAAAAGACAGAGUGAUGAGACACGGAUAGAGGAGAGUUAUGAGAAAGUUGAAAUUAACAUAAUGGAAGCCACGAUGGACUAUAAUGAAUGGAUGACCGUCAGCGGCACAGAGGACAACAGUGACUCUCCGUGGGUGAGGAUAAGCCACUCGUCCAUCGAAUGCUCUUCUGCUGAGGCGGAGCAUCAUCCCACAGAAACGCAUCACAAUUCAGAUGAUCCAACGGUGGCUGACGCAACCGCAUUCAAGGAGGUCAAAAAAACAGGAACCAAACCUGUAUCACAAGAUGGAGACCUGCGUAGGAAUAAGAAGAUGGCCGCUGUGCUUCCUAUCAAACCCAAGACUGUACGGGUGAGGUUCUGUGUCCACUACCGCACCCAGUCUCCCUGGCAGGAGCUGGCUGUGACAGGGAACCAGCAGGAGCUGGGGAGCUGGACGGGCUACGUUCCGCUGGAGAGAGCCCAAGACGGGUUCUGGGCCAGCUGGGUCGUCCUCCCCGCGGAGAAGCAGGUGGAAUGGAAGUUGGUGCUGGUGGAAGACGGAGAGAUCCUACGCUGGGAGGAGGGUGGUAAUAGACACCUGGAGACAGGUUGGGGUGGUAGAGAGGUGUAUCUCAACGAGUGGUGGGGCAGCCUCUGAGUGACAGGUUCCUACUGGGCACCAACUGGUUGGCGCAACGCAGUUGUACACAAAAUAAAUACACUGCUCAAAAAAAUAAAGGGAACACUAAAAUAACACCAUCCUAGAUCUGAAUGAAUGAAAUAUUCUUAUUAAAUACUUUUUUCUUUACAUAGUUGAAUGUUCUGACAACAAAAUCACACAAAAAUUAUCAAUGGAAAUCAAAUUUAUCAACCCAUGGAGGUCUGGAUUUGGAGUCACACUCAAAAUUAAAGUGGAAAACCACACUACAGGCUGAUCCAACUUUGAUGUAAUGUCCUUAAAACAAGUCAAAAUGAGGCUCAGUAGUGUGUUGCCUCCACGUGCCUGUAUGACCUCCCUACAACGCCUGGGCAUGCUCCUGAUGAGAUUGCGGUUGGUCUCCUGAGGGAUCUCCUCCCAGACCUGGACUAAAGCAUCCGCUAACUCCUGGACAGUCUGUGGUGCAACGUGGCGUUGGUGGAUGGAGCGAGACAUAAUGUCCCAGAUGUGCUCAAUUGGAUUCAGGUCUGGGGAACGGGCGGGCCAGUCCAUAGCAUCAAUGCCUUCCUCUUGCAGGAACUGCUGACACACUCCAGCCACAUGAGGUCUAGCAUUGUCUUGCAUUAGGAGGAACCCAGGGCUAACCACACCAGCAUAUGGUACCUAAUGGUAGUCAGGCUACCUCUGGCGAGCACAUGGAAGGCUGUGCGGCCCCUCAAAGAAAUGCCACCCAACCUCAUGACUGACCCACCGCCAAACCGGUCAUGCUGGAGGAUGUUGCAGGCAGCAGAACGUUCUCAACGGUGUCUCCAGACUCUGUCACGUCUGUCACAUGUGCUCAGUGUGAACCUGCUUUCAUCUGUGAAGAGCACAGGGCGCCAGUGGCGAAUUUGCCAAUCUUGGUGUUCUCUGGCAAAUGCCAAACGUCCUGCACGGUGUUGGGCUGUAAGCACAACCCCCACCUGUGGACGUCGGGCCCUCAUAACACCCUCAUGGAGUCUGUUUCUGACCGUUUGAGCAGACACAUGCACAUUUGUGGCCUGCUGGAGGUCAUUUUGCAGGGCUCUGGCAGUGCUCCUCCUUGCACAAAGGCGGAGGUAGCGGUCCUGCUGCUGGGUUGUUUCCCUCCUACGGCCUCCUCCACGUCUCCUGAUGUACUGGCCUGUCUCCUGGUAGCGCCUCCAUGCUCUGGACACUACGCUGACAGACACAGCAAACCUUCUUGCCACAGCUCGCAUUGAUGUGCCAUCCUGGAUGAGCUGCACUACCUGAGCCACUUGUGUGGGUUGUAGACUCCGUCUCAUGCUACCACUAGAGUGAAAGCACCGCCAGCAUUCAAAAGUGACCAAAACAUCAGCCAGGAAGCAUAGGAACUGAGUAGUGGUCUGUGGUCACCACCUGCAGAAUCACUCCUUUAUUGGGGGUGUCUUGCUAAUUGCCUAUAAUUUCCACCUUUUGUCUAUUCCAUUUGCACAACAGCAUGUGAAAUUUAUUGUCAAUCAGUGUUGCUUCCUAAGUGGACAGUUUGAUUUCACAGAAUUGUGAUUGACUUGGAGUUACAUUGUGUUGUUUAAGUGUUCCCUUUAUUUCUUUGAGCAGUGUACAUAUACUGUAUAUGAGGGGACUGACUAGGAGUCCUAUAUAGAUGCAUUCCCAUUCUCUGUCCUUUUUCUCUUAAAGAGUUCACUUCCCUACAUGGAUUCCAAAGGAAAAGGACUGAUGUCAGAUAUCUAGUGGAAACUAGCACAGGCUUCUACCAAUCCAAGGGCUGUAAAAGCACAAGUGUACACUUGGACAGAGGAUAGGGAAGUGACAAUGUAUAAUAUACUGUCCAUGUACCGUCUACGUACCGGCUAUAUACCAUCUACGUACCGUCCACGUACCAUCUAUAUACCGUCCACGUACCACCUAUAUACCGUCCACGUACCAUCUACGUACCGGCUAUAUACCAUCUACGUACCGGCUAUAUACCAUCUACGUACCGUCCACGUACUGUCCAUGUACCGUCCACGUACCGGCUAUAUACCAUCUACGUACCGGCUAUAUACCAUCUACGUACCGGCUAUAUACCAUCUACGUACCGUCCACGUACCAUCUACGUACCGGCUAUAUACCAUCUACGUACCGGCUAUAUACCAUCUACGUACCGUCCACGUACCGUCUACGUACUGUCUAUGUACCAUCUACGUACCGGCUAUAUACCAUCUACGUACCGGCUACGUACCGUCCACGUACCAUCUAUAUACCGUCCACGUACCAUCUAUAUACCGUCCACGUACCAUCUAUAUACCGUCCACGUACCAUCUAUAUACCGUCUAUAUACCGUCCACGUACCGUCUAUAUACCGUCCACGUACCGUCCACGUACCGUCUAUAUACCGUCCACGUACCAUCUAUAUACCGUCCACGUACCAUCUAUAUACCAUCUACGUACCAGCUAUAUACCAUCCACGUAUCAUCUAUAUACCGUCCACGUACCAUCUAUAUACCGUCCACGUACCGUCUAUAUACCGUCCACGUACCGUCUAUAUACCGUCCACGUACCGUCCACGUACCGUCUAUAUACCGUCCACGUACCAUCUAUAUACCGUCCACGUACCAUCUAUAUACCAUCUACGUACCAGCUAUAUACCAUCUAUAUACCGUCCACGUACCGUCUACGUACCGUCCACAUACUGUAUUAUAGCAAUAUAACUAUUAUGCAACUACGAUAUUGUCAAUGAAUGAUAAUAAUCUUGAAAAUGAAAAAUCCACCUUUAUUCCCUGUUGUUCAGUGGAGCGCCUCCAGUGUCCCACUGUGGUAUUACAGCAGUAUUAGUGCUGUGACAUUACAGCAGUAGUAAUCGCAGGUAGAAUUAUGUACUGUUAUGUAUUAACCAGUUUAUGUGAUGCUGAAAUGUAAAUAUAUAUAUAUAUAUAUAUAUAUAUAUUGAGUUAUUUUUUUGGGUGGGGGGGGGGUCUGUUGAAUGAACGUUGUCAUGGUAAAAACCCAACCAGUAUCAUCUACACUAAUAAGUCCCUUGGAACCUUUUGGUAAUAUGUUUAUCAACAGGGUUUGUUCAUCAUAAAUGUUGUUGUCUUUUUGUUUUCGUCGGUUUGACUUUGGUUGUUUUUUUUCCCUUCUAUUUGCUUACAUUUGAUUUGAUCACAAUUAAUCGUGUUGUUUUUGGUUCUCACUGAGUUUUAACCUUUUUUUGUAAAAAAAAAAAAAAAGGUUAGUUAAAUAUGACACUUAAAUGUUGUUUAGGUGGAGUAGAGUUUUUAUCUAUUACCCAGUGAACAUAUUUUCUUGGAAUGCAGUAGUCUUUUGGGACUCAUACUUACAGGUUAGACCUAUAUAUUAGCUACUGCUGUCCUGUUAGUUCCAGGUUAGACAUAUAUAUUAGCUACUGCUGUCCUGUUAGUUCCAGGUUAGACAUAUAUAUUAGCUACUGCUGUCCUGUUAGUUCCAGGUUAGACAUAUAUAUUAGCUACUGCUGUCCUGUUAGUUCCAGGUUAGACAUAUAUAUUAGCUACUGCUGUCCUGUUAGUUCCAGGUUAGACAUAUAUAUUAGCUACUGCUGUCCUGUUAGUUCCAGGUUAGACCUAUAUAUUAGCUACUGCUGUCCUGUUAGUUCCAGGUUAGACAUAUAUAUUAGCUACUGCUGUCCUGUUAGUUCCAGGUUAGACCUAUAGCUACUGCUGUCCUGUUAGUUCCAGGUUAGACCUAUACCUACUGCUGUCCUGUUAGUUCCAGGUUAGACCUAUAGCUACUGCUGUCCUGUUAGUUCCAGGUUAGACCUAUAGCUACUGCUGUCCUGUUAGUUCCAGGUUAGACCUAUAUAUUAGCUACUGCUGUCCUGUUAGUUCCAGGUUAGACCUAUAUAUUAGCUACUGCUGUCCUGUUAGUUCCAGGUUAGACCUAUACCUACUGCUGUCCUGUUAGUUCCAGGUUAGACCUAUAGCUACUGCUGUCCUGUUAGUUCCAGGUUAGACCUAUAGCUACUGCUGUCCUGUUAGUUCCAGGUUAGACAUAUAUAUUAGCUACUGCUGUCCUGUUAGUUCCAGGUUAGACCUAUAGUUACUGCUGUCCUGUUAGUUCCAGGUUAGACCUAUACCUACUGCUGUCCUGUUAGUUCCAGGUUAGACCUAUAGCUACUGCCGUCCUGUUAGUUCCAGGUUAGACCUAUAGCUACUGCCGUCCUGUUAGUUCCAGGUUAGACCUAUAGCUACUGCUGCCCUGUUAGUUCCAGGUUAGACCUAUACCUACUGCCGUCCUGUUAGUUCCAGGUUAGACCUAUAGCUACUGCUGUCCUGUUAGGUCCAGUUUUAAAUAUACAUACGCCUGAAUUGUUCAGUUUUCUCAUUUUAAGCCUAGUUUCUGGGAGGGCACUUGAUGCUGUUUAUAACAAACGGAGAGAUGUCAUGAAGGAUGUAUUAUUUAUGGGGCUUUAGAAGCUCUAUUAAUAUAUUCCUCUCAGAAUGAACAGAAUAAAAAUUGUUACUUUACUCCC